ACGCGCCAGAUCCUGGCCACCAUGAACGAGGGCGGCGGCCGCAGGUCGGCCCAGGGCUCGCCCCGGUCCAGCAUGGACAACUCGGGCGCCUCGUUCGACAGCGUCCGCAGCAGCGGCUCCGACUGGCCCACGCACCCCUAUGAGCUCAACACCAUUGCCGAGCUGGACAAGCUGCCCAUCGGCACCGAGGUCACCUUCCGGGGCCGCAUACACACCCAGCGCCAGCUCUCCAAGGCCCUCGACUUCCUCCUCCUCCGCGACCAGACCUUCUCCGUCCAGGGUGUCCUUUCGAGAGAGAACAUGGACAUGGUCCAGUGGGUGCAGAAGCUCCCCGCCGAGUCGCUGCUCCAAGUCAACGGCGUGCUCAAGGAGCCUCCGGAGCCCGUGCGAUCGGCCACCAUCUCCCACGCCGAGGUUGACAUUCACGGCCUGUGGCUCGUCAACCCUGCGCAGAACGCCCCCUUCAGCGUCUACAGGCCCCCCGAGGCUCUGCGCAGCCGCAUGCAAUCGCGUAUCCUCGAUCUGCGACACCCUGCCAACCAGGCCCUAUUCCGCAUCCGUUCCAUGGUCUCCCGCCAGUUCCGGGACACUCUUGAGAAAUACGGCUUUGUAGAGAUCAACACCCCCAAGCUUCAGCCUGCCGCCACCGAGAGCGGUGCCUCCGUUUUCAAGGUCAACUACUUUGGCCGCAAGGCCUUCUUGGCCCAGAGCCCCCAGCUCGCCAAGCAGAUGGCCAUCUCGUCCGACUUUGGUCGCGUCUACGAGAUUGGCCCCGUCUUCCGCGCCGAAAACUCAAACACUCAUCGCCACCUUACCGAGUACACGGGCUUGGAUCUUGAAAUGGCCAUUGAGCAUGACUACCACGAGGUCAUUGAGCUCCUCGACGAGUUCCUCAAGAACGUCUUCAAGGCCGUCUACGCCAUGCCCGAGGUCGAGGUCCUCAAGCAGCGAUGGCCCAGCAAGGAGUUCAAGUACCUGGACGAGACGCUGAUUCUCGACUUCCGAGACGGUCUCCAGAUGCUUCGAGACGACGGUCGUGACGUUGCCGAGGAGGAUCUCUCGACGCCCGACGAGAUUCGGCUGGGUGAGCUCGUGCGUGAAAAGUACAACACCGACUACUACGUACUGGACCGCUUCCCCACGAGCGCCCGUCCCUUCUACACCCACAAGGACCCCGAGGACCCCCGAUGGACCCGGUCUUUCGACAUCUUCAUCCGCGGCCAGGAGAUUUGCUCCGGUGGCCAGCGUAUCCACGACGCCGGCGAGCUGCGCGCCAACAUGUCUGCCGCUGGCAUUGCUGAGGAGGGCAUGGAGGAGUACCUGGCCGGCUUCGACCUCGGCGCGCCGCCCCAUGCGGGAGCCGGUCUCGGCCUCGAGCGUAUCGUGACGUGGAUGCUCGAGCUGGGAGACGUGCGAAACGCCUCGCUCUUCUACCGCGACCCCAAGUCUCUCCCCGACCGCAAGCCCGGCCUGCCCCACCCCGAGGCCGACACCACGAAGCAGUAUGCCGCGCUCCACACUCCUCCGAUCGAGAAGCUCAUUGCCAACUACGGCGAUGCGUCCAACACCUCUUGGCUCGACGAGCGGUUCGAGAUUUGGCGCCACAAGUCUGGCGCUGCCGUCGGCUUCGUCAGGCAGGAGAAGUUUGCCAUGGUCACUGGCGACCCUCUCUGCGACAAGUCGCAGUACAAGGACGUUAUCUCGGACUUUGUCAAGUACGUCGUGACGGAGCUUCGCCUGACCCCCAUCUGGAUGCUCGUCUCGUACGACGUGCAGAAGAUCCUGGCCCACGACCUCGGCUGGCGAACGCUGUCUUGCACGGAGGAGCAGCGCGUCGACACCACCCGCCACCAGAGCCCGGCCGGCGGCCCCAAGGCCCGUCGGGUUGAGCGUGAGGGCGUUAAGAUCCACGAGGUCAAGCCCGACGACGACUUCAUCAGGCGUGCCAACGAGGGCAUCGAGGCCUGGAAGGCCAACCGCAAGGGCAAGCAGGUCCACCUGACCGAGGUGCGCCCCUGGGUCGACCAGGAGCACCGCCGCUACUUCGCCGCCGAGAAGGACGGCAAGGUCCACGCCAUGGUGGUGCUGGCCAAGCUGGCCCCCCGCCACGGCUGGCAGGUCAAGUGGGCUCUGGACUUCCCCGGAGCCGUCAACGGCGCCAUCGAGGUCCUCAUUGAGUACGCGCUGUCGUGCGUUACCGGUGCCCAAGUGACAUUUGGCGUCGGCGUGUCGGAGAAGCUGACGCCCGGAGAGCAUCUCCACGGCAUCCGAGCCAAGUUCCUUGCCACCACCUACCGCUCUAUUGUCGAGAGCCUCGGCCUGCGCCGAAAGGCGGGUUUCCGAUCCAAGUUUGGUGCUCUGGGUGAGGAGGUGUACAUUUGCUACCCCAAGCACGGUGUCGGCCUGCGUGACUUGCAGCAAGUCAUUAAGUUUUUCCAAGACUAAGCUUGUCUGUUUAAAGGAAGCACGAUACCAAAUGAUACCACUGGGAAUGGACGUUUAGGA